ACAUUUUUAAAACCAACUACCAGCCAUAAGAUUGGUCAGUGGGACUGACUCAUGCUGUGGAAGAGUGGAGAUCCGUUAUAAUGGCCAGUGGGGAACCGUGUGUGAUGAUGAAUGGGACAUGAAUGAUGCUGCUGUGGUGUGCAGACAGUUACAGUGUGGAUCAGUCAUCAGUGCACCUCCUGGUGCUGCCUUUGGUCAAGGCAGUGAACGAAUCUGGCUGGAUAAUGUUAAAUGCUCAGGAAGUGAAGGAACAAUCACACAAUGUCCACACAAUGGACUAGGAAGUCAUAACUGUGGUCAUGGAGAAGAUGCUGGUGUUGUUUGUUCAGGCAACCUGCAGAUGCCGACCCUUUCUUUGACAUCCAGACAUUCAGUUGUUUCUCCUGGAGAAAAUAUCCAGUUCAGAUGCACAACACCUAAACCAAGAUGCAAUGCUAAUGCUAAAUUCCAGCUCUUCAGAAACGGACCAUCUAUAAUCUCCCAGGAACAUAAAUCUAGUGUCACUUUCAACAUUAAUGUAGACGUCUCACAUCAGGGCAACUACAGCUGUCAAUACUCCUACCAGAGCAACACUAUCAAGUCACCUUUGAGCAGAAAUGUUACCAUCACUGUGGUGAACUUGCAGCAGCCCAGCAUUUCUCACAGUGCUCCUGAUGCAUGGUUCGACAAGGAGCUUCAGGGGCCAGUGAUCACCAGGAGCCACAGUUUCACUAUCAACUGUUCGACUGCAUCCCAGUUUCCUGGAGGCUCUUUUCACUUGUUCAGAGGGUCAAACAUCACCAGGACUGAGUCAGCUGUCAAUCACUCCGCCUCCUUCUUCUUUCCUGAGGCAGAAUAUUCAAAUGAAGGAAACUACAGUUGUGUUUAUGAAGUCAGUGUCUCCUCACGCUCCUUCAAUUCAUCUGCCUCUGAACUGCUGCUUAUCACUAUCACAGCCAUAAGAUUGGUCAGUGGGACUGACUCAUGCUGUGGAAGAGUGGAGAUCCGUUAUAAUGGCCAGUGGGGAACCGUGUGUGAUGAUGAAUGGGACAUGAAUGAUGCUGCUGUGGUGUGCAGACAGUUACAGUGUGGAUCAGUCAUCAGUGCACCUCCUGGUGCUGCCUUUGGUCAAGGCAGUGAACGAAUCUGGCUGGAUAAUGUUAAAUGCUCAGGAAGUGAAGGAACAAUCACACAAUGUCCACACAAUGGACUAGGAAGUCAUAACUGUGGUCAUGGAGAAGAUGCUGGUGUUGUUUGUUCAGGCAACCUGCAGAUGCCGACCCUUUCUUUGACAUCCAGACAUUCAGUUGUUUCUCCUGGAGAAAAUAUCCAGUUCAGAUGCACAACAUCUAAACCAAGAUGCAAUGCUAAUGCUAAAUUCCAGCUCUUCAGAAACGGACCAUCUAUAAUCUCCCAGGAACAUAAAUCUAGUGUCACUUUCAACCUUAAUGUAGACGUCUCACAUCAGGGCAACUACAGCUGUCAAUACUCCUACCAGAGCAACACUAUUAAGUCACCUUCGAGCAAAACUGUAACCAUCACUGUGGUGAACUUGCAGCAGCCCAGCAUUUCUCACAGUGCUCCUGAUGCAUGGUUCGACAAGGAGCUUCAGGGGCCAGUGAUCACCAGGAGCCACAGUUUCACUAUCAACUGUUCGACUGCAUCCCAGUUUCCUGGAGGCUCUUUUCACUUGUUCAGAGGGUCAAACAUCACCAGGACUGAGUCAGCUGUCAAUCACUCCGCCUCCUUCUUCUUUCCUGAGGCAGAAUAUUCAAAUGAAGGAAACUACAGUUGUGUUUAUGAAGUCAGUGUCUCCUCACGCUCCUUCAGUUCACCUGCCUCUGAACUGCUGCUCAUCACUAUCACAGCCUCCCUGCUUCCUGUCAUUGGUGCUGCAGUAUCAGGUGUAUUGCUCUUGUUGUCUCUCCUCAUAAUCAUCCUCCUGCUGAAGAGAAGACAAAAGCAAAGGAAUAAGGAAACUCUCUUUAAGUUUUCCUUCAAAAACGCUGCAGCUAAUACAUAUGCAGGUACAUCCCAUGACAAGAAAAAUGAAGAGGAUGAUGACUCUGAUUAUGAAAAUGUAGAAUUUAAUAAUAAAAACAUGCAUCAUGAUGACUCUGAAGAGGACAAUGUCAGUGUGGACGCGGAUGACUCUGAAGAGGACUACGUCAAUGCAAACUUUACGGAGAUUAAAAGUGUGCUAAACAAAUCUGAUGAUAACAUUUAUGAAAUCUAUGGUGAUGAAUACUGAGUAAAAUAUUGAAAUUUGGCUCUAAAAAGAAAUAUGGAAACCCUGAUGUCGAUGAAGAAAAUCCAGUUGAUUGUGACUGAUAUAUCUUUGUUAGGCCUAAUGAGGAUUGCUUUGAGAUAAUAAAGUGAUAUUAUGUGUAUUAUACAGUUGUGUAAUAUAAAUGUUGUGUAAUACUUUCAAAAGUAGAAUAAUCAAUUGUUCUUCCAGGUUAAUUUGUUUGUUGCUAGUUUUUAAACUGUGAGCCGAACCCCCAGAGGGCUAUGGAGGGGGACUGUAAACGAUGAUUACAAAUGAUCUUGAGCAUUCUAUAAAAUAAAGUUAAUAAUGUUGCAAAGUC